UAACCGAGCACAAGACUACAAGAGCACUUCACAGAAUAUAGCAAAGGGGCAUUGCGGCCGAGAGAGAAAGUGGCGGCUUUUGGAAGCAGGACGCAAGCGCCACGAUUCCAUCUUCUGCCUCUUCCAAUUUCUUAGGGUUUAUUUCCUCAUUUCUGCACGUUCUCGCCACAUUCAAAAUCUCAGGUUGAAGAUCGUUGAUGACAACUAGUCAGGUAGGAGGAUCGUCUAGGAGAAGCAUGCCUUCAUCGACCUCCACAUUUCAGGUCAAGAAGAAAACAGCUGAGAAUGAAAUAGGGCCGACUGAUUCAGUCUCCCGGAAGUCUUUCUCUUCGGCUCGCUCCACAGUACUGACAGCAGAGCGGACAGUGAAGAGACUGCGGCUGUCAAAAGCCCUAACAGUUCCUGAGACAACAAGUGUAUAUGAAGCAUGCCGUCGUAUGGCUACCCGUAGGGUUGAUGCUUUAUUGCUUACGGAUUCAAAUGCAUUAUUAUGUGGGAUCUUGACAGAUAAGGAUGUAGCAACUAGAGUAAUUGCGCAUAAGCUUGAUGUCAAAGAAACACCCGUUUCUAUGGUUAUGACAAGAAAUCCAGUAUUUGUACUUUCUGACUCUCUUUCUGUUGAUGCUUUGCAGAAAAUGGUACAAGGAAAAUUUAGACAUUUACCUGUUGUGGAAAACGGUGAGGUCAUUGCUCUACUUGACAUAGCAAAAUGCCUAUAUGAUGCAAUCUCUCGCUUGGAAAGGGCAGCUGAGAAAGGAAAGGCUAUUGUAGCUGCAGUUGAAGGCGUAGAGAAGAACUGGGGCGCAUCUGUGUCAGGCAAUACAUUUAUCGAAACACUGCGAGAGAGGAUGUUUAGACCCUCCUUGCGUACAAUUAUUCCAGAAAAUUCAAAGAUUGUCACUGUUGCACCAAGUGAUACUGUUCUAGAUGCUGCAAUGAAAAUGCUCGAUUCUCGAAUAAACUCUGCUGUUGUAACAUUUGACAGAAAACCACUCGGAAUUUUUACUUCAAAAGACAUAUUGAUGAGAGUCAUAGCACAAGAUCUUCCUCCUGAGUGUACUCUAGUGGAGAAGGUCAUGACCCCUAAUCCAGAAUGUGCAAGUAUUGAUACACCUAUUGUUGAUGCUUUACACACAAUGCAUGAUGGCAAGUUUUUACACCUCCCGGUUGUUGAUACAGAUGGAGCAGUUGUUGCUGUUGUUGAUGUGCUUCAUAUCACUCAUGCAGCUAUAGCCACUGUAGGAAAUACUGCCGAAGUGAAUAAUGAAGCUACAAACACAAUGCUGCAAAAUUUUUGGGAUUCUGCUAUGGCACUGACUCCUGAUGAUGAUGAAGAGACACGUAGUGACAGUUCUCUAAAAAUGGCCUCUGAAGGAACAGAGACCGGAAGAGCUCUUCCUGUUCCUUCAUCAAACCUGCCCACUACGUUUUCUUUUAAGACUCAAGAUAGAAAAGGACGGAUGCACAGAUUCACAUGUGAGACUCAAAGAAUGACAGAUGUCAUUACUGCAAUCCUUCAGAGAGUUGGGGAUGACAUUGACCGGAACAAUCUUCCCCAAAUUCUUUAUGAAGAUGAAGACCAUGACAAAGUUAUACUUGCAUCUGAUAGUGAUCUUGCUGCUGCUGUUGAACAUGCAAGGUCAGCUGGAUGGAAGGGGCUAAGAUUGCAUCUAGAAUAUUCAGGAAUACAGAGACCUGGUUCUAGUAGUACAGGCUAUGCUCAUGCAGAUGCAUGGUCCUCGGCAUACAAUGCGGUGGCAGCUGGUGCUGCAUUAGCUGCUGGGUUGGGCAUACUGGCUUUCUUGAGAAGAUCCAACAACUGAUAAAGCAUCGGACUUCGCCUAUUGGUGCCUCUCCCCUUGUAAGUUCAAUCAGGUUUUAUUUGGCUUGACUUUGCGUCAUUUUCAUUGUACAAUUAAAGUUGAGUGGUGAGCCAUGCAAUUUAAAUAGUGUCAGUGUCUUAUAUAGAGUGAACUUUAGUGUUCGUCAUUUAAUACUUAAGGAAUUGUCUAUAUAUACAUAUUUAAACAGUGUUGUAUAACAGUACAGUGAUUUCUACCUUGGUUCUGCACUUCUGCCUUUGUCACUGAUAAUAAAGGUGGCACUAAUCAAAUGAACUGAAAAUUGUUUGAAAUUCAUGAGUAAUCUUUGACAAUUUCAGAUAUUGUUUUUUAAAUAAAAACAUUUAUUUUUUGGAUGAAUUACAUACUGUGUAUUCAUAUUGUAUAUCACAUUAUCACAAGAGUUUUUUUAUUAUGGGGUAUGUUUUUUCACAUUUUUCACAAUUAACUCAAAACCAACCACGUGUGGAUCAACAUGCUAGUACACCUACAUAUAUUUGGGAUUAGUGACCGUGCUGCUAUAUCAGACUUUGGUUUCACCACCAUCCCUGCGCUCCUCUUCUUCAAUAGUGUCACAGACGUCUCUACCAAAUGUCUCUGGCAAAGGAAUCACAAACAAGCAGCACAUGCCAAUGGUCAAUCCGAACACCCCGUAUGAGUAAUACCUAUUCGUUCUGCCAAGCCCGACGAGCAAUGGGCUGACGGCACCGCCGAGCAUCAGCGCUUGCCUCACAAUUGCCAUAGCUGAGUUCCUCACACAAGUCGGGAACAGAUCGAGCGUGUAUAUCAGCACCACAUUAAACCCUGUGCAUCCACUGAAAUAUGCAACCAGUUCGAGCCCAAUCUGCAGGAACUUCAACCUUUCCCCUGCCAACAUAGCACAACCAAAGCUGCAAACGCAGCACAGGAAACCCAUACAUAACACCGAGGUUCUCCUCCUCAGCUUGUCUAUCAUUAAGGAUGUUAUCAGUGAGGCCGGCAGCUCGGAUAAGGCAUUUAGAGCCGUGCUGAGGUAGAUGCUAAACGGCAUUUCGCCGGCACCGAGUGGUAUGCCGUAGUACACUAGCCCAAACCCAAACCCUGCACACAUGAUUGCCAGUAAGCGGCGUACAGCCCAGCGUUUGUUUAGCAACACUUUUAGUGCUGAGUACAAACCCAUGCGGUUCUGGUUAUCAUCAUGCAGGUCAGGCGUUAAUUCAUGGUCUUGAAUGAACGAGCCGAAGAAGCUGCAGGUUAUUAAGUUGCGCGUGUCUGGCGGGGCGAUGUUUCGGAUUGUUUGGACAAAAUCUUUAGUUAGUCCUCGAACAUAAAGCCACCUAGGAGAUUCAUGAACAAAGAAGAAAACUAGAAGUGAGUGUAUGAUCCCGGGGAUGCCCGUCCAGAGGUAGAGAUAUCUCCAGGAAGACUCGGAGUUCAGGUAUGCUAUUGCCGGUAAAGAGAGGAAUCCAAGAGAGAAACAUACAAAUCCCAUGAUCCCAACCUGCCCCCGCGACCGCCUCCCGACGAUCUCAGUCGACAAAACGAGCGCACAUGUCCCAAUGGUGGCACGUGCGAAUCCAGUCAAGAACUUCCAGAAUGAGUAAGCCCACACGUUCGUGGAGGUCGCUGUGAGGAUGCUCGCGACAUUCAUUAGUAAGCAUGAGAAGGCGAGCAUUUUCUUCCGGCCGAAGGAUGAGUCAGCGAAUGUGGAAAGCAAGAACCCGCCAACUAGGCAGCCGAUGAAGAACGAGGUUGCAGGCAGCCCGGUCACGAAUGGGCUGGCACAUUCUAGGGACCACUCAGACACAACUGAUGCGUGUGCCGGUGUGUCCCACGCCCAUGCAUCCUUCGGGAGGGCACAGACCUCGGCUACCUGCAUAUGAUCAUGGCUGCAGUGAGAUGAUGCAUAUGAAGUGUCACAGUGCCACGUGGGGAUGAGGUCCGUGAAGAUAGUGAUGAAGGUCUGCUGGGCGUCAAAAGCCCAUGCCAGAGAAGCGAGGAUGACUUGCAGGAACUGGGCCCACCCAAACUUUCCGAUGCAACACUCGAUGGUGUCGUCAUAAGAGCGUUUUGAUGAUGAUGCUUUGCCUUCCUCUUUGGUGGAAUGGAGAAUGAGUAAGGGGUCCUUUUCUGGCUGGUGGCCGCUCAACAUGUUGGAAGAGUACUUGGUUGCUUACUCUCUA